AUGGCGCCAUACUGCGCGUACGAUCCUCUCCAUCUCGUCCCCCAAAUAUCCGUCCCGUUACAACCGAACCAGCCCCUCGACUCUCGCGGAGCGUUCGUCGUUCACGCUCGCUCGGCCGUCUACAUAUGGAUCGGAGAAAACUGCGCCUCAGACAUGACCGAUUGCGCCAGGACCGCGGCUUCUCACGUGAUCGCGUACCGUGUUGCCGAGGGACCCGUUGUGUUCGUCAAGCAGGGCGAAGAAACGCCUCAGUUCUGGCUUGUUUUCGAAACCGAACAAGAUCGUUUGCGAACCCCAGAGAUCGCAAACGAGGGCGGAUCGGUUGAAGGACGUCCAGUGGUUUCACUUCCAAAGGUUCCGAAUGAUAUCAUCUUCAGAGGUAUACUAUCGAGACUCCCUGUCAGAAGCCUUUUACGUCUCAUGUCAGUUUCCAAGUAUUGGAAAUCGAUGAUUGCUUCGGAUCCUCACUUGGCUUUAGACCAGAUGAAUAGGUCUGUGAAGAGUACGUGUAGUUUCGAUCGCCGAAGGAUUCUUAUUUGGGAUUUGGAUUCAGUUUUCUUGCAAGACAAGAAAUGGGUUGGGAACAGUUUCUUCACCAUACGAAAGAUCACUUGUCCAGUUGAGGAUUUCUCGUGUUAUCUGAUUGUGGCUGCGUGCGACGGCUUGGUUUGUUUGCGUAAACGAAAGAUGGACAAUGUGAUCUUGUUCUGGAACCCGUUAACGGGAGUGACCAAGAGAGUGUCAGAACCGCCCGUGCCGACAACGCCUCCGAAUUUCAGUUAUGGCCUUGGUUAUGAUUCGUCCAGUGAUGAUUACAAGUUGGUUAGGAUUUGUGCAGAGUUAAGUGAUGCCGUGAAUAAGGUGUUCCGGACGAAGGUUAGAGUGUACUCAUUGAGACACAAUUCUUGGAAGCAGGUUGAGGACUUCCCCGGUCAAUUGCUUCGUCCAGGCGUACUUGGGGUGUUCUUUAAUGGAGCUCUCUAUUGGACCACAUAUGAUACGCAGAGUGAAGAUGAACCUUGGAAGGUCACCGCGUUUGAUUUGGCGAAGGAGGAAUUCAGUACCCUAGAAGUACAUAGUGACUUCAAGCCGAAAUCCUCUUACAUCGAAAUACGGUUACUAGAUGAAAAGCUCUGUUUGUAUUAUCCUCCUCCACAUAGGGAGAGAUGGGAGCGCGACAGGGGUGAUAGAAGUAGUAUUAACUUUUGGUUGAUCAGUGAACAUGACAAUAGUGAGACAUGGAGUGGAUAUGCAAUCGACAUACCAUCUUGUAAGACGUUCACUCCGUUGUGUAUGCUGAAGAAUGAUGAAGAAGUCUCGUUGGCAUAUGGUGAAGGGAAAAUAGGCGUUUACAAUUUGGAGGAUCAUACAUUAGUUAGGGAUUUACAUAUCCCUGGCAUUCCUAAAGAUUUCGAAGGAGUAACCUUUACGGAGAACCUCAUUUCACCGGAUACAUAUAAUGGUCUGGUUCGUUGA